GAUAUCAGCAUUUUGAACUCCAGAAGUGGGUCACCUAGGUAUUUUCUAAGCAUGCCAAAUCUUUCACUAUCUCUAGAGUCUUAAGGUUCCAACUUAAAUGGGAAAUAAAGAGCAGUUGUCCUGUGGAACAUUACUCUUAUAAAGCAUCCAUCACUUUCCAACUGCUAUUAUACCUGUUCAGUUGAACUUACAUUCUAGGAAACUCCAAGGUUCAUCUUCCCAAACUCCAGCUCUCUCAUCUUAGUAAACUAAUGCUGUAAGUUCCCAUUCUUGACUUGAACUCAGAAAUGGGUGGGAAGCAGAACCUCUUAAUAUUGUUGCUCAGUUCCAUUCUUAUCACUGUCUGUGGUGAUAUAACAAUUCAGUCUAACAUCCUGCUGCAAGUAAAGUCUGAAGUGAUCGAUCCACGAGGACUUCUUAGGAGCUGGUCAUCAGACACUGAUCUUUGCAGAAACUGGAAUGGAGUUUCAUGCUUUGUAGGCGAGACCCAAGACCUUGUGAGUCUGAACCUGUCGAGCAAUGGGCUCUCUGGUUCCAUAUCUUCAAAGAUUGGACAACUUACUUCUCUUCAGGUUCUUGAUUUAUCGUUGAAUUCUUUUUCUGGGCCAAUCCCUUGGGAGCUUAGCUUUCUCAAGAACCUGCAGGAGUUGCUUCUCUACUCAAAUUUUUUAUCAGGAUCGAUCCCUCCUGAGCUUGGCAUUUUGAAGAAGCUCAAAGUUCUGAGAAUAGGAGAUAAUCUGUUGUCAGGAGGGAUACCACCACAACUCAGCAACUGCACUGCAUUGGAAACACUAGCUCUUGCUUCCUGCCAACUAAAUGGAAGCAUUCCAAUGGAAUUCCGCAGUUUGAAGCGACUCAAUAUUCUCAACUUACAGCAGAACAGUCUCAGUGGCAUACUACCUGAAGAGAUUGCUGAUUGCAAGGAUCUCCAAGUUCUUUCAGUAGCUGACAACAAUCUACAAGGGAAUAUCCCUCCUUCAAUUGGGAGACUCUCUGCAUUGCAAACUCUUAAUCUUGCCAAUAACCGGUUCUCUGGAUUGAUUCCUACUGAACUCAGAAAUCUUUCGAAUCUAAAUUAUCUGUAUUUGCUUGGCAAUGGCCUCAGCGGCGGGAUCCCAGUGGAGCUGAACCAAUUAAGCCAGCUUCAAAUCUUAGACUUGUCUCAGAACAAUCUUUCAGGUACUAUCAAUCUCUCAACUAGCAAUCUCAAGAAUCUCGAGUAUCUAGUUCUCUCGAACAACUUCUUGGAGGGAGGAAUCUCUCUUGAUCUCUGCCCUGGUAGCUCGAGCUUGGAGAACCUGUUCGUUGCAGAGAACAAUUUAACUGGCUCCUUUGAUGCACUGCUGAAUUGCACUUCUCUGAAAUCGCUCGAUAUCUCAAAUAAUAGUUUCAAUGGAGUGUUUCCUUCAAAUAUCGAUCGCCUUUCAAAACUAACCAAUUUGUUGCUCCACAACAACAGUUUUGUUGGAAAUCUACCUCCCGAAAUUGGAAAUCUUAGCAAUCUCGAGAUGCUGUCACUCUUUCACAAUAGCCUCACUGGUGGAAUUCCUGCAGAGAUUGGCAGAUUGCAGAGGUUAACUCUCUUUCAUUUGUAUGAAAACCAGAUGUCUGGAAUAAUCCCGCAAGAACUUACGAACUGCACGAGCUUGGAGGAGGUGGAUUUCUUUGGCAAUCACUUCACAGGUGAGAUUCCCGUCACAAUUGGAAGGCUCAAGAAUCUUGUUGUGCUUCAGUUGAGGCAGAAUGAGCUCUCGGGUCCAAUUCCAGCAAGCUUGGGCUACUGCCAUCAACUUCAGGAUUUAGCCUUGGCUGAUAACAAGCUUUCAGGUUCUAUUCCUCCCACUUUUGGAUUCCUAUCUGAGCUCAAAGUUCUCACUCUGUAUAAUAAUUCACUGGAAGGCCCUCUCCCGGAUUCGCUAUACAAUCUCAAGAACCUCAGUUUCAUCAAUUUUUGUCACAACAGGCUCACUGGAAGUCUCUCCCCUCUCUUGAAUUCAACUUCUUUAAUAAAAAUAGAUGUCACUAACAACAGCUUCAGUGGAGAAAUUUUGCCCUUCAUUGGCCAGUCGAGAAACCUGACUCGUCUGAGACUUGGCCACAACUCACUGAAUGGUUCGAUUCCAGUCGAAUUAGGCCAACUUGAGAUACUAGACUUCCUUGAUCUUUCCUUCAAUAAUCUCACUGGUGAAAUCCCCUUGGAGCUUUCGAACUGCAAGCAAUUGACUCAUCUCCUUCUCAAUGGGAAUGGGUUAUCUGGAGAGAUCCCUUCUUGGUUCGGAGUCCUGAAUUUGCUUGGGGAACUUGAUCUCUCAUCCAACAAAUUUUAUGGUAAUUUGCCAGCUGAAAUCGGGGAGUGCUCUCGCCUACUCAAGCUUUCCAUUAGCGACAACAAACUCUCAGGUGCAAUUCCAUUGGAGAUUGGGAAUCUCAAUUCUCUGAAUGUCCUUAUACUGCAAAAGAACAACUUCUCUGGAUCAAUACCUUCGACAAUUGCAAACUGCAGCAAGCUUUAUGAAUUGAGAUUAUCUGAGAAUCAUCUCACAGGUUCAAUACCAGAAGCCUUAGGAAUGCUAAGUGAGCUGCAAGUGAUAUUGGAUUUGAGUCGAAACCAGUUAUCUGGCAAAAUCCCUUCGACACUUGGUAAUCUCGUCAAGUUAGAGAGACUAAACCUGUCAUUCAACCAACUGCAAGGACAAAUACCUUCUCUUCUUGAAAAACUAACUAGUCUCCAGUGUCUCAACUUAUCGAACAAUCUUCUCUAUGGCCAAAUUCCCAGUGAGUUCUCCCACUUUCCUGCAACUUCUUUCCUGGGUAAUAAUAAGCUCUGCGGGCAACCACUGAAUUCGUGCAUCGUGUUGUCAAAUCAAUCGAAAGAGGGGCUGUCGAAUGCGGCAGUGGUGUGCAUUAUAGUGGCGAUCGUGUUGACUUCAGCAGCAGUUUGUUUGGUGAUGCUUUACAUAAUGCUGAGGAUUUGGUGCAACUGGAGGGGGGUCUCGGUUUCGAAUUCGGGGGGCGAAGAGGGUGAGGGUAGAUGGGGGAAUGGAGGUGAGAAGAAAAAGAGUGGUGGUUAUUGGAAGGUGAAGUCCGUUAUGUGUGUGAAUGGUGAGUCUGUUGAGGAUAAGCAUAGCUCUUCUGCGUCAGAGGCAUGCAUUCUUGGGAUGAAAGACUCUUCAUUAGUAUAAAAAAGCAAAUGCUUAUUAUUGUUGCGCAUCUUAAUUUGUUCCUUUAUUUUGGUAAUCCUCGUCUUUUUUUUUUCCCCCACUCAAGGGGUGCAUUGAGUGAUGUAUCUAUUGUUCGUGAGGUUUUUAUGUAUAGGAUAUUGCAGAGACAGUUCUUUUUUCUUUUUUUUGGAUUUUAGGUAGUGAAAUCGGUUUUAUUUUAGGUUUUUAAA